ACGGUUCCUGCUACGCCGAGCGGCCCCGCUCCGAAGUGGAAGAAAAUGUCCCAGCUGGCCAAGAAACGGAAAGUGGACAAGCAGGUGCAGGACAGUCUGUACUUCGACAGCUACACGGACGUCACCAUCCACGAGCAGAUGAUCGCCGACCACGUGCGCACCAGCACGUACCGGGCGGGCAUCCUGAGGAGCGGCGAGGCCAUCCGGGGUAAGGUGGUGCUGGACGUGGGCGCCGGCACCGGCGUGCUGAGCGUGUUCUGCGUGCAGGCCGGCGCCAGCAAGGUGUACGCCGUGGAGGCCUGCUCCAUCGCCGAGCAGGCCGAGAAGAUCGUCAAGCAGAACAACAUGGAGGACAAGAUCGCGAUCGUCAGGGGCGCCGUGGAGAGCGCCGACCUGCCCGAGAUGGUGGACGUCAUCGUGAGCGAGUGGAUGGGCUACGCGCUGCUGCACGAGUCCAUGCUGAGCUCCGUGCUGUACGCGCGCGACCGCUGGCUGAAGCCGGAAGGGCUCAUUCUGCCGUGCAAGGCGGAGCUCUUCAUCACGCCCGUCAACGACCUGGCGGUGGAGGACCGGCUGAACUUCUGGCGCACCGUCAAGGAGCAGUACGGCGUCGACAUGUCCUGCAUGGCCGAGUUCGCGCAGAAGUGCAUCAUGAACAGCGACAUCGCCGUGACGUCGGUGACGGUGGAGGACGUGCUCUCGCACCCGUGCCGCUUCGCCGAGCUGGACCUGUACACCGUCACCGCGGAGGAGCUGAAGUCGGUGCGCGGGGCGUUCCGGUGCCAGUGCUUCGGCUCGGCGGCGGUCAACGCGCUCUGCGUCUGGUUCAACGUCACCUUCCCGUGCCAGGAGAAGCCGCUGGUGCUGUCCACGUCCCCCUUCAAGCCCGAGACCCACUGGAAACAGGCGGUGCUGUACCUGGACCAGCCGGUGGACGUGAUGCAGGACACUGAGGUGGUGGGGGAGGUCCACAUGUACCCCUCGGAGGACAGCGCCAGGCAUAUAUGCAUUCACGUGGAUUACACGAUCGGGGAGCAGAAAAGACUGUCAAAGACCUUCUCCAUCCCGGACGGCUACUCGGAAGAAGACAAGUGUGCCAUGUGACGCAGAACACCAUGACAUGAACCCAGACAGGAACCCUGUGACCUGAUGUCUGGCCCCCCCCCCCACCACCACCAUGAGAAAACACCCCCCGCCCUUUACCCCCCCACCCCUCACCCCCCCUCGCCCCACCCGCUCGGGUUUCCAU